AGCCGUUUCGGCUCGGAAGGAGCUCGCCCGCCUGGCCCGGCCAGGCCCCGUGGCGGCUGGCGGCCCACGCGCAGAGCGCCCUCAUGGGCACCAGCGCGCCACCAGCCGACGGAGCCCAUGCCGCCCGAGCUCUCCGGGCUGCGGCCGGCCGCGCCGUUUGAAUGGAGGGCGGCCGCCGCAACAGAUGCCGACGUGCUGCGAGGUCCCGCCUCCGAUCGCAGCGCCUCCUCCUGGCGGGGCAGCGCGCGCGGGGAGCCGCCAUGGGCGCCGCGGAGGACGGACAAGGACGACGUCGGCAAUGCCAUCCGGGCGUGCCGCACUUCCAGGUACGACCGCAGCAGCGCCUGGUGGCGCGUGAUCGAAGUGCUGGUCGGGGCUCGCGAGGACGCCAUUCAGCUGAGUCAGCUGACCUUCAACUCGGCCAUCGGCGCCUGCAGGGGCAACUGGCGGCCAGCGCUGCAGCAGCUGCGCCUGAUGCGCGAGUGCUCCGUCGCGACGGACUCCAUCAGCGGCAUCUCCGCCAUCGGCAGCUGUGACCGCGAGUGGCGCCCAGCCCUCUCGCUGCUGUGGGAGGUGCAGGGUGAUCGCUCCGGCGCCGUGUGGGAGAGGAGGGAGAAACGGCACGACGCCGACCAGGCGCAGCUCUUCGGCACCGCCAUCAACGCUUGCGCCCUCGGCCGCGAGUGGCAGCGGGCAGUGGCCCUGUUGGUCGAGGCCAGGCGCUGGCACGUGCAGCCGAACCUUGCGAUGUACAACGCCGCGCUGCGGGCCUGCAGCCUCGCGGGCGACGUCUGGGAGCAUGCGCUUGCCCUCUUCGGGGGGAUGGAGCGCGACCGGUGUGCGCCGGACGAGUUCACGUUCCGCUCCGCCAUCUCCUCCGUGGAGGGGUGCGGGGCCUGGGAGGCCGCCCUGCUGCUGCUGGCUGCGCACGCGCGCGCGGGUCUGGAGCCAGAGGCCAUCCUCGAGGUCUCCGUCGCGGGCGCCUGCAACGAUGCCGCCGAGUGGCAGCAGGCCUUCGAGCUCGCUUCGAGCCUGCGGCACAGCGGACUCUUCCCCAGGGACCCCCGAGGCCGUCUGAAGGUCACCAACUCAGCCAUAUUCGCCUGCAAGGCGGCCGGUGAGUGGCGGCAGGCCCUCGCCAUGUUUUCUGCGACCCCACAUCGCAGCGUCACCACCUACAACGCAGCGAUCGGCGCCGCCGAGGCUGGGGGCGCGCUGGUGUUGCCAUGGCGUGCGCGCAGGCCCUGGGUCCGUGCCGUGGCGCUCCUGGCGCAGAUGGACCGCCUCGCGUUCGAGCCUGCCGAGGUCACCUACGGCUCCGCCAUAGACUGCUGCGAGAAGGGCGCCGAGUGGCAGAGGGGGCUUGACCUGCUGUGGGAUGCGGUCGAGCGGCAGGUGACGCCCCUCGACGGCAUCUGCCGGAUCGCUGCCCGGGCGUGUGCGGCGGGCGGGGCCUGGCAGCAGGCGCUGCUGCUGCUCCAGGCGACACUGCGGCCCUGCGAUGGGGGCAACAGUCAAAUCCCCCCCGCAACCGCGAACAUGAUCUGCUCGGUUGUGGGAGCCUGUGGGACCGAAUCGGCCUGGCGGCGAGCGCUGCAGCUGCUGUUCGAGCUCCCUGUGGAUCCCAGGGUCUUGGACGUGACCGUCUUCAACGCCGCGAUCUCCGCCUGCGAGACGGCCGGGGAGUGGCAGCAGGCCCUCGCGCUGUUUGCCCUCGCGGGUUCCCGGGGCAGGCAGGCUUGGUCCCCCGACGCGGUGUCGUGCAACGCCCUGCUGUCGGCCUGCGAGAAGGGCGCCCAGUGGAAGCGCGCCCUCGCGCUGCUGGAGAGCAUGAGGAGGCAUGGGCCGGACCCGACUCCGACCUCGCUCAACGCUGCCCUGAGCGCCUGCGAGAAGGCGUCUCAGUGGGAGGCCGCCCUCGCGCUGCUCGCGGGCAGGGCUGGGUGGCACCCUCUCGGCGCGGCCCAGACCAGGGCUCCCUCAGCACGGGCGGCCACGGCCGUGGAGGGUGGGCGCGUCGACGUGGAGAUGAUCCCGUACAACGCCGUCAUCGCGGCGUGCGCCAAGUCCCAGGAGUGGAAGCGCGCCCUGGCGCUGCUCGACGACGCCCUGACGACGCACAUCCAGCCAGACCGCAUCGCCUACAGCAUCGCCAUCGGUGCGGUCCUGGAGGCGAAGACGGUGUCGCCGAGCCAGCAGCCCCCCUCCGACGAGGCGGGUGCACAGAAGGCGCGCCGCGGCGGCCCGCGCGACGACGUCGCCGCGCGCAGGGCGAGGCAGCGUCUCGCUGGCCUCGCGGGCAGCCCCGGCCCGGCUCGCGCUGCCGCGCGGGGCGCGGAGGCCGAGGAGGGGGUCGCCGCCGGGGCCCGGAGCUGCCGACGGCCCGGCACCUGCACGACAGGAUCGCCCUGGAGGGCCACGGGGCGCCGCCGGCGCAGGGGGCAGGGGUCGCGCCGCGGGCCCGCUUCCGCCCCCGCGGGCCCCGGCCUGGCGGGUGAGGCAGAGCCGCCGCGCAGGGCGCGAGGGGCGCGAGACGGCGUCCCCUGUGGCUCUCAGCCCCGGCCCCACAGAGCCAGCGCUCCACUCCCGAGCCCUGCCGAUCGGCGGCCCCGAGGGCCCGGCGAGGGCCUCCAGGGCUGGAGCCCGGCCGAGGGCUUCCCGCCGCGGUCUCGCCCACGACCGGCGUUGUGUACACAGAUGGUGGGCCGAGCGGGCCGCGCUCGGCCUCGCCUGCGCCGGCCUCGCGGCGGCCGUUGGGCCUGACGCGGGGCGGCCGCGUGCGCUGCCCGGCACUCCACCGCGCCCGAGAAGGGUCGCCCUCGGGGCCACAGGGGACUUGCCCGCUCUGGCUUGUUCCACGGGGCAGGGCUCGCACGCGGCCGCGGAGCUCGCGUCCGCGCACGCCCCGCGGUGCUGGGCUCUCUGCUGCGGGAGAA